AUGGAAGUGAACUCCAACAACAGUGAGUAUAUCUACACAGGAGUCUGGACGGAUUGGUCGCAUGGUCGUAUCCAUGGAGCAACCAUCACCCUCAGCGCCCAAAACGCCGGGUUUUUGACGGCUUUCCUCGCCUUGUUCGUGAGCGUCUCGGCCGGCCAUCUGUGGCGGAUCAUCAGUUUCGUCGUGCAUCAGUUUCACUCCUCUCAGAAACCCAGAGAUGCGCUCCAUCACCAGCAGCAAGUCAUCUUCAAGAACACCACUUCGCCCGCCGCGCUUAUAUGGGAGUUUACCCUUCUCUCAUGGGCAUGGCGUCGGAAGGCCCAGCACCCUCUUCUUCGCAAUCUCCUUUUCAUCGUACUGGCCAUCAUCUGGCUAGCUCUCACUGGUAGCGCCGCCAUUCUCUCUGCGAGAAUCACCAAGCCCGCGGGCUCGCAUUGCCUGAUCAUGAGCCCUCAUUGCGGACUCUAUUUGGCCGGCGGCGCAGCAUUCAACGCUAGUGACCCCUAUCAGCUAGACGUAUUUGACACGACCCAGUUACUAGAGACUAACACCGCGACUUCCUACGCAAGGGCCUGCUACGUGCCUGAUGCAGAAAGACUCCCACAGUGCAACAUCUACGCGCAGACUCGCCUCGCUUUACAUACUACCACCAACGCCUCCUGUCCAUUCCAGAGUGGCAUGUGUCUGGAAGGAGACAGCGCGGCAUUUACGAUGGAUACCGGUCUUCUCGAUACUCGAGAACACCUGGGCAUUAAUGCACCGGACGACGAUCGAUUAUUCUUCCGCAAAUCCGCGAGUUGUGCUCCCCUGACCAGCGCCGGAUAUAUUACUAUUCAUAAUGACACAAACCCGUUGCCCAACUUCCCGUACUCCGACUACUUGGUGGCUGCAUAUCAUUAUGGACCGGCAUUCAACGGUAACGGGACCCAGAACUAUACAUAUUACUAUGAUGCCGUAACGGUGCGCGCCCGGCUGGGGUAUAAAGUCCAAGCUCUAUGGGCAACCGCAGGAGCACCAGAAACCUCCCAGCUCUGGAAGCCUCGCGAAGAGCUCAACCGCACAGAUGCCGACGUUUCCAUCUUUUUCCUCAAUGCCAACAGCGUUAUGUACGAGUAUCCCACCGAUGACCCGAUUUUUAGCGCCCACGUGUCGGCGCUCAGCCAGCUCAUCACGUUGGGGAUGAACACCUCCAUCGCCGAAUUUGACGACUGGUACACAGCGGACACCCCCACGACCAUGCUCGGCUGCAUCGACCAGUUCCAGAUCUGCAAUGCGCGGACAGAGGUCUGCUCCGCUCUGCAGGGUAUCCAAGCAUGGGCUAGCAUGGACGGAGCGCUGGCCUUCGUUGACACCUACGACCUCAGCCCGCUACAGGCCGACACAUUGGCGAUGCUCAUGAACUACCUGGUGCUGAACAAUAUGUACUACAGUAUCUACGGGCGGUCGUCGUACGCAUUGCGCGCCCAGGAGACGCUGUCUGGCUUGAACCAGGCCGCGCAGCUGCCGAGCAACCAGUGGCAGAUUGAGGUGCAAUCGUGGUUCGAGACCAACCUGGCCAAGCUACAGGAGCGCAGCGUGCAGUUUGCCACCGGGCCUCGCGGCUCCCGUGAGGGAAAGAAGCGACUGGCGCUGACGGAUCGGACGCCCCUGUGCAAGGCGCAGAAGGUGCGCUGCCCCGCAGGGACGACUUCUUUCUCUGUAUUGGGCGUGUCAUGUCUUCUUGCAGUUGGCGGCUUUAUUGUUCUCUCCAACCUGGCGCUCGACUCUAUCAUGGCACGGGUUGUCCCCAAGUGGUUCCCAGGUAGCGCAUACCGGCGCCUGAACUGGGCGCUGGACGACAAGCUGCAGCUCCAGCGCAAGGCCUUUGAAGGGGCUCGAAUCGGCCAUUGGCAUGGGCAAACUGCAGCUGUGCCGGUCACAGAUAAGGGGGAGAUGUUCCACGCGUGGGCCAAUGAUGAAGAUCCUGCUGCAAAGAGGGAUAAUCUCGAUACAUUGGACGACCGCGCUACACUUGAAUGA